ACUUCUAUUCCCUUUGCGUUGUACUUACGACUGAGAUCGGCUGUGUGUUCUACCCAGAGUAGUUUAAACUAGUUCUAUUAAGUAACUUAACCAGGUUAUUAGUCCUCCGUGAAGCCCACGCCGAGAGGACAACUGAACUGACUAGCUGAGGAAACUAAACUCUCUAUAGAAAUCAUGACUGAAGCAGAAGUUAAUCCCAAGGCAUACCCUCUGGCUGAUGCCACUUUGACCAAAACCAUUUUGGAUUUGGUGCAACAAGCAGCCAACUAUAAACAGCUGAGAAAAGGAGCCAAUGAGGCCACCAAAACCCUCAAUCGCGGCAUCUCGGAGUUCAUAGUCAUGGCGGCCGACGCGGAGCCCCUGGAGAUCAUCCUUCAUUUGCCGCUCCUGUGCGAGGACAAGAAUGUCCCAUACGUAUUCGUGCGCUCCAAGCAAGCCCUGGGUCGAGCCUGCGGAGUGUCCCGACCCGUGAUCGCUACCUCGGUGACCAUAAAGGAAGGCUCCCAGCUGAAGCCACAGAUCCAGUCUGUGCAGAUGGCCAUUGAGAAACUGUUGGUCUGAUGGACUCUCCGCAUCUAUCUUAGAGAAAAGUAUAGGCUGACGUUUCAAAGUGCCACUGGGAAGUUUAUUUCUCCUUUAAUUUAGUGAUUACAUUUUAAUUCAUUGUCUUUAUAGUGUUUGAUAUUAUGGUGUAUACAGUGGCUACCUGUGAAUGUCUUAAAAGCUGACUUUGUUUCCCCCUUUUUUUUUUUUUUUUUUUUGUUAACCAUGUUAAUGGACAUGAGAUAUCACAGCUGUGUAUUUUUCAUAGUUGUAAUAAACCUAAUGGUUACGUACAUCAUG